CUUUUCCUAUAAAUUGAGCAGAAAUGAGAUAAGAGUUUGUUAGAUAAGCAAGGACAGCCAAUGUACCUUGCCUUACAACUCUUUCUAAAAUUCAGUCGAGUCCUUUGGCUUCAUCCCGUUUUGGACACGGAGAGAAAAGAGGGGAAGAGAAGUGGGACUAACGAAUACCAAAUUUUCUCCUUUUGAUGACCAAAACCGAUAAAGCUUCUUCCUUUUGAUUACCUCGUCACCCCCACAUUACACGCUCUCUCUCACAUUCCUGUCAUCUGUUUAUCUUCCUUAAACUUGCCUUCUAAUUCUCUUUUCACCAUCCCUUUCUGGGAUCGUCCCAGUUCCCUAUCUUAUUUGCAUUUUUUGAAUAUACCGUCGUAACAUUUUCAGGCAGGCGCUAAUCAUACGAGAUCAAAGUACAUAUCUGUUGGUUUGGAAUCGGACAUCCCUGCAUUCUGGAGAGAAAUGGGGAUGUCUUUUUCAUGCCCUUUAUCGCAUGAUUUGGAUGGUCAAUUGGAAUCCCUUUUAGUUAGACAAAUAAGUUUUGAACGUGGUGAUGUAAAAGCUGUAAUACGUUCUGUUAGUUUUAACGGUAGAGAUUCUGAUUCUAAAGCAGCGAUGAAGUCUUUCGAUUCUGGAAAAAUGAUCCUUGAAGGGUCUCUCAGCUUUAAAGGCCGGGAAUUAGAGAUAUCACUGAAAGCUCCUGCCUUUGAUGUAGAAAACACAGGAAUUAUUGCAUCAAUCAACAAUGCCAAGAGCAAGCAAGUCCCUCCAACGUCACCUGCCCCAGAUAGUGUGUUUGAGAAAUCUAUAGCAAUGCCCUCGCCAGGUCCUGCAAAUGAUAGAGAUAUGGCUGCUCUAAAGCUGCAGAAAACAUAUAAAAGUUUCCGAACCAGAAGGCAACUAGCAGAUUGUGCGGUUCUAGUGGAACAAAGAUGGUGGAAGUUAUUGGAUUUUGCUGAACUCAAGCGCACUUCUGUGUCAUUCUUUGACGAGAAACCUGAAACAGCAAUUUCACGUUGGUCGAGGGCAAGAACAAGAGCGGCUAAGGUAGGGAAAGGUUUGUCAAAGGAUAAAAAGGCACGCAAACUUGCUUUGCAACAUUGGCUUGAGGCUAUUGAUCCCCGUCAUCGAUAUGGCCAUAAUCUUCAAUUUUAUUAUGUCAACUGGCUUCAGUGUGAGAGUAAACAGCCCUUCUUCUACUGGCUUGAUAUUGGAGAAGGUAAAGAAGUAAAUCUUGAGAAAUGCCCUCGAUCAAAACUUCAUCAACAAUGCAUAAAGUAUCUUGGGCCGAUAGAAAGAAUGGCGUAUGAAGUUGUAAUAGAGGACGGAAAGUUUAAGUACAAAGAAAGCGGACAGCUUCUAGAUACAAGAGGCGGUCCUGAGGAUGCGAAGUGGAUUUUCGUUCUCAGCGUCUCCAAGGUCUUGUAUGUUGGGCUGAAAAAGAAAGGCACAUUUCAGCAUUCAAGUUUCUUGGCAGGUGGUGCUACAUUAUCUGCUGGGAGAUUAGUAGUGGAAGAUGGCAUUCUAAAGGCUGUCUGGCCUCACAGUGGCCAUUACCUCCCAACAGAAGAAAAUUUUGAAGAACUUAUGUCAUUCCUUAAGCAAAAAAAUGUCGACCUCAGUGUUGUCCAGAGAGCCCCAACUGGUGAGGAGGAAGAAGUCUUUGUUAGGAAACAAAGUCUUCGAAAAACCAUAUCAGAACCAGACUUCAGUCGAGCUGGUGAUGAUGCUGAUGCUAAAAUCUCCGAAAGAGAGAAAGUUGAUUCGAUCAAGAAAUAUUGCAAGGGCACCGAGAAUUUACCGCCGCAAAUAUCGAGGUGGUCUCGAGGACUUCACUCGAAGAUUUCUGUACUUGAAAUACCCAAAAAGGAGGAUGUGUUGGAGCUGUUCAAGAAUCAAGAGGAACAAGAGCAUCAAAUUGGUGGUGAAACUCCGGCGGAUGGAUAUGAAACAGCGGAAGAGAACUUGUCCGACUCUGAUUUCUCAGUUUCCAAGGAAAAUCUGUUCGAUGAGGAUGUUGAAGAAGAUGAAGAAGAAGCCAUUCCAAAAGGAGAGAUUAUUAGGAGAAUAUUUUCGCAUAAAGGAAUGAAAUCUUAUCAGUUAGCUAAGCAAUUGUCUUGUAAAUGGACAACAGGAGCUGGUCCACGGAUUGGAUGUGUCAGGGACUAUCCUUCGGAGCUUCAAGUUCGUGGCUUGGAGCUGGUGAAUCUAUCUCCAAGGACCAGUUUUUCGUCUCCCAGGAAAUCUCUAACUCCAAACUUUAGCAGGGAAACCCCGGGCAGAAGUCCACUUGGUUCUUAACAGCAUAGAUAUUAGCUAGAAAUUUCAGAUUAACAGGUGUAUAGACGAAACUGCAGAAAAGAAGGCUUUUCCAUUCUACAUUCUGCUCCUUCUAGUGUAGGGAUGAUUUUUUUUUUUCCUUUGUAAGUCGUUUUGCAUUCUUUGAAUCAUUCUUUGAUACAAUCUUUCUGUACAUCAUGAAGGGAGGAGAUGGAUUGUAGAUUGUCAGUAUCCUUCAUGUGUACCUAAUUCAUUCUUUUUCUGAUCAUAUAUACAAGAUCAAGAGAGAAUUAUAGUUAUCA